AUGACAAGCCAUUCAAAUCCAGUAGUAACGGUAUCUCCGAUUAAGUAUCCUAUAUUGACGUUGGAACCGCAGGGACAAUAUCAAAAUUCAUAUUAUGGUAGGUUAUGCAAUAAGCAGUCUAAUCAACCAAAUGAUUCAAUAUUGAAAAAGUUGCCGUCAAACUUGGUAUCAGAAAUAUUUCAGCAUGUAGAUCAAUUUGAUUUGGUAAAUUUACUGCUGACAUGUACGGAUUUUUAUGCUAUUGCUAUCGAAAGGUUAUACAAACGAGUUACGGUUAUAUUGAAUGCAGAAUAUCCAACAAGGUACAACAAAAAUUCAAAGCUGUUUAUCAGGGAAAAUGGAAUAAAGUAUAUGGACUCAGCGUUAAUCGUAUCUAUAGAAAAAUUGUUAACAUUCAUAAAAAUACUUCAUGUGAAUCCAUACCUCAUACAGAAAGUCAAAUUCUUCGUUUUCGAUAAAUGUUAUUCUGAUAACCUAUUGAAGCAAGGACAAGACCUUAGUCUUAUACAGUCGGAGAUAAUUGAGUUUUUUGGAAAGAAUUCGUACGAAAUGAAUUUCUUACACAUUACUUUCGUGGACUUCGUUACAGGCAUAGAAAAAUUAACGAAGUUCUUAAGUCACGAAAACAUUAGAAAUAAAAUAUUUAAAUUAUUUGUGACAAGCUAUAAGGAUCUAUAUUUGCCAGUAGUACCUCAAGGCUUGACAAAUUUGUUUCUUAUGUUAGACGAGGUUGAAUUAAUGAGUAUUGAUAAAUUUGAUUUAUUGAAUCCACCUUAUGAUGUUUUCAAUUCAAUAUUCACGUUAACUUGCAGUACCAAUAACCAAUUUGGUUUAGAGAUAUUAAGAAAAAUACAUCUAGUGAACAAUGAUGAUGAAGAUUCAAAACUAAAGUUAAAGGGAUUAACUGUUUUUCAUUGUCAUAAUGAAAGUAUAACUUCGGAUGAAAAUGACGUAUUCAACUCGAUUAGCAACAAUAACAAGCAUGAUUUAGAAUAUCAAAAUUAUGUCCAAAGUUUGGACAAGAGCUUACUGUUUAAGGUAAUUUCGGAUAAGAUUAAUUUGACUUAUCUUACUCACCUAUACUUGAAAAUAGAUUGCAUUGAACGUAGAAAUUAUAAUUGUAAUUGCUUUUCGAAGUUCUUUAAAGAUUUGGCAGCUUAUCUGGUUUCAAAAAGGGGUUUACCAAAUUUGAUAAGCUUUGAAUUAGAGUUGUUUCCAAAUCUAGAAUGGCUAAGACCUCAUCAGAUUUUAGAAAAUAUUCUAACACCAUUAGGAGUUUUUGUUAAGACUUUAAGUAACCUAUCUAGGUUGACAAUUGAUUUUUCAACUCCUGGAUUUAAGAUGUUUGAUAGUGGUAUGGGCAUGUCCAGCUUAGUAUUAAAUAAACUAAAUGAAAGACUAAUGGAAGCAUUCUUUCUUUGCUUCUUCACAUCCAACCAACUGAGAAUUAUUUCUAAUUUGAGAACUUUACAACUACCUGACUUUUUAACAUCCUUUAUUUACUACAAACCGGCAUUUUACGAAUCAUUGUUACAUACCUGUCAAUGUUGGGGUUGUUCUCUAGUGUUAGAUAAGUUAAGUGAUUUGUUUUUCCCAUUGAAUGAAGAUGCGGAGAUUCAAGAAAUGAAUGAUGAAGCUACUUUCUAUAUUUUGAUUGGGUUCAUUUUGGGUAAACUCCAGGCUGACAGAGAAGUAUGUAUUCCUAUAAAGCAGACAACAUUUAAUUACAAAAAUUACCCAAUUUAUAAAGGGCAACCUCAUACAUUACACAACCAUUUUCAUCGGGGGGAAAAUAGUUGUAAAUGCAACAUAAAGGAAGAUAUUAAUGGAGAAAGUAAGUUGAAUAUUGAUAACCUAGUUACUACAUACAUUAUUCAUCAGUUGAAGCCAAUUUUGCAAUAUUUAUCUAUGAUAUUCUUUAAAUUGGAUAAUUUGAUGAUUCAUGGAAUUUAUUAUGAAUACGACCAGAGUACACGUAGGUUGAAACCAAUAUUUGAUGACGAGCAAUACCCCCCUGAGUUUUUGGAGGAAAGAGCAAAAGAAAUUAAAAGUGGCAAAAUACCAGACUUACCAUUCGGAUAUUUCAGGAAGGGAUGA